CAAAGUCAUUUUAAACGGCGCCGCGGCCGGCUUAUUGAUUAUGAUUUCUUGAUAAUUUACUGAAUACCUACUGAUUUCUCUUUGAAUUUGAAGCAAAAAGUAAUUAAUUGCUUUGAAGUUUAGUUCAUUAAACUAUAGUUCUUUGCCUGCUUUUGAUUUGAAUUUCAAGUUUUAUGUGAAUUAAGUGAGUUGGGUGGAUUGAAUGGUAGUAGUGGAAUGGUGGAAAAAUUCGAGGGAAAACGUAAAUACAGAAUAAUAUAAUGUAUAAUCGUUUAAUUCAACGAUUCUAAAAUUAUAUGAAAAUUCUCAGCAUUAUGAUAGUUACUGUAGAAUAAAUUAAGUAAACUUUAUUUUACUGAAUUCACGGUAUACAUACACAAAUCAAAACUAAUUUAAUGUUAAAUCAAAGAGCAAUUUAUAUUUUGUAUUAAUUUUCAAAGUUCCACGUAUGAGAACAUUUAUAAAUACAAAAUAAUUAUUGAAUAAACAAACAUGGUGCAUGAUAUAAUGAGCCAGUUCUACGCAUGCCUGAAUUCCUCGUUAAGCGAAAGAAUUGUACACUUGAAAAUAAUUAUAGACCAAUCAGGAUCUCACAAGGAAUUACAAGCACUAUUUCCGCAGCUAAUAAAUAAUAUCUUCGCACCUUCUAAUCAAAAUGGAUGGGGAUUACGACAAGUUACAUAUGAAGGAAAUAGAUAUGAAUAUGAUAUGUUGAUGGAUUUCUUAGAACCCCAUGGUCCAAUGUUUCGAUUGUGUUAUAAACUGCUGUCAGAUCCUCAGCUGAAAUAUAAUUUGCCACUAAACAUUUUACCAUUACAACUGCAGAUGACUCUUGAGAGAGGUAGAUGUCCACAGUUCUAUGCAGAUCUGUUAACAAUGGAUUCCCAAGGAGUGAAUGUUGUAGCAUUAGCAUUGAAUCCAUUUGACUAUUAUAUAUUCAACUUUGCGUUAUAUUUGAUAAAUAAUAGCCAGAAUAAUUAUUGGGAAAAUUGGAAUAGUGUGUACUUUGCCCUGGCUUGUGACUAUCUUGUGCAUUUCCUUCCUUGUGACCCCAAUGUGCAGGUUUCACCAAACAUAUCUUAUUACACAGGAAAGGUUCCAAUGGUAGCACCACUCCAAACUGCACACAGACGUUUAUACUCACCUUCAUUACUAAAAUCAGACAUAUGUGGCAUAAGCAACCAACGUGCCUCCUCUCAAACACAAUCCAGGAAGGAGAUCUGGAGAUCAGAGACAGUUUUACAAAUAUUUAUCGACAUCUGGAUGAGUGUAGAACCCUUCAACAAUACUAAUCUUGGAAUGUAUCAAAUGAAUUAUUCAACAAUAACUUCUAGUCCUGAACGGGUAAGAAUAGUAAGGGUUUUGGUCAAACAUAUCCAUUCAUUCUCUGCGAAGUAUAACAGCGACCCAACCGCAUCUUCUGCUCUGAGGAAAUAUGCAAGACAAAUCAUGUGCCCGCGAGCCUAUCAUUAUGUAAAACAGUUAGUUUCGACGUGGCCAUUGGAUUCUUCGUUCAGGCUUGUGAUGGAACUGUGGCUGAGUCUCAUACAACCCUGGAGAUACACAGACAGCACUACAAAUCAGUAUAGAGUUCCAGACGCUCAAAGAAACCGGGAAGAAGCGAAUGCCAACACUCUAGAUGAAAGUUUUACACAAUUUAUUGCUGAGAACUUCCCUUCAUACACCUGUAUAUUUCAACUGGUUAUACCUCGAUUUAUGAGGCUAGAUAUCUCAACAUAUAAAAACGCUGUUAUGCUAUUUAGACUGGGAAAAGUGUUUUCUCAACCGCAUUUAGUGCCAAUGUUGAUGAACCUUGAGAGAGCAAUCAUUGACAAUGUUUCUGGAAGUCCUAACACCAGCCACAACACGUCUAAUUUAGACCAAAGUUACACAUAUAACGGUAUCGCUCUCAACAAAUGGGUUUCAAUAGCUAAACAAGCCUUCUCAGAGUUGAACAUGACUGCCACGUGCGACUAUGAUCCUGUCUGGAGUGAAAACAAAAGAGAGUUUAUGCUGGAAUUUGUAAAGCAGAUUUAUGCCUCCAAACACACAGCUGAUAAAAACAUAGAGAACCUCACUGCCAAACUAAAUCAACAAUCUCAAGGAUUUUGGAAUGGAAUUAAACAGUGGUUCAUGAUGGGCUACAAUGUGGAAGACACAAUGAUGUUAGAAGAAUGUAAAAAAGUUCCUAACUAUUUGACAAAUUGUGUUAAUUAUUUCAUAUCUAUUUUUGGGUUGAAUGAAACCAUGCUGCUGCCGUAUGAAGCUGAGUUGCUGGACGACUCUGUUGAACAUUCAUCCUUUGCUAAUUCAAAUAACUUCACACUUUCUUUAAGAGAAAAGCUGCGUAGAAAACCAAGUGACAUACAGUAUAUGGGUGACCCAGAUAUUAUGCCAAUUACGUCAUUUGAGAAUACAAUUUUGGUGAGAAUGCUGUAUCAAAUAUCUACCAGACUAAAUGAGUUGUAUGGAGAAGAGUUUUCAAGACUGUGGGCCAGAAAUGAUUUUUGGGGAUACGUAGCUCGGGAAGUAUUACAGAAACCGCAAACCAUUCAUCUAUAUGUAAAGGGCACCAGAUACCAGAACAGCUUAAUCAGCCAAGAGCUACCCGCGCGGUUGUCCCUUCGCAGCCUCGGAUCUCAUUUCUAUCUUGUGUGGAUCAGUAUCGGCUAUAUUUUCUUUUGGAUGUUAUCGUAUAGUGGAAUAUUCUACCUCUUUUUCAUUUUAAUUUUGUGGGUUUCAAUUAUUUUUUCGAAAGCGUGUUUGAAAAAAUUUAGAAUUAUUCAUGACUGAUAUUAUAAUGUUAAGUGUAACAAUAAAUGUAACCAAUUUCAAUUGUGA